GUUGUUGUUGUUGUUGUUGUUGUUGUUGUUGUUCUUGUUGUUGAACAUUGCGAUCCACUCCUUCUCGUCACACAAAACCUCGAAUUGGAUCUUUCGUCACCUGUUCAUCAUGAGACUCAAACUGCUGGCAGUGUUAGCGUCCACUGUGAGUGGUCUCUUGCCAACUUUGGAGAACCGCUUCAUCGAGGAAGACGACGGCUCUGUUAAAUAUGUCUCGGAUUAUACAGAAGACGGCGGGUCUUCAUCAACAUCGGUAAAGACAAUACGAAUUGCCACUAGUGAUGACGAUUCAUACGCUAUUGACACAGUACAGCGGGAUGCUUCUUCGCCUGUAAUUCUUAAUUUGAUUCCUGGCAUAUCGCUGCUACAGACCGACCAGAACCAUGAAUGUUAUUUCGUAAACACAACAAUUGGGACCUCUGUGUUCCCCUUGAUUGUGGACACUGGAUCUGCUUAUCUAUGGGUGUACGGUGAUGACUGUCAGCAGGAGCUAUGCCAGGCGGCCUCUGUGUACACCCCUUCAGCGUCUUCAGCUUCAACUUCAACGGAGACCUUUGCUCUGGCAUAUGUCACCGGUACCGCAUCUGGUGAAGUUGUACAGGACAACAUCAUUGUUAACAGACUGGCAACAACUGAGCAGUUUAGAUUUGGUGUUGCAGAUCAAGUGCCAGACUUCUUUGCAAGUUAUCCAGUUUCCGGUAUCUUUGGACUUCCAUCCUCAGAUUCUUCCUCCAUUGAAAGUAUCAUUUCGGCGUUGUACGAUUCUAACGCCAUUGCAUCGAAAAGGUUCUCAAUCGCAUUAGGCGAGGUUGGUAUCUCACAGGAAAAUUCAUCGUCAGAGUUUAACAACGCAGGGAUCUUUGCCAUUGGUGAACCCAUCAAAGAGUUGUACACAGGUGAAAUCAAAUAUUCUUCAUUGCUGAAUGACGCUGGAACAUACUGGAAGAUUCAAAUCGAGCAAGUGGUCAUUGGCGAUACACUUGUUCAGUUUAACGAAUCAGAUACUAUUAACGGAGUUGAAUCAACCAUUGCACGUGCUGCUAUAGUUGAUUCCGGUACCACGGUUUUGGCCUUGCCUGAACAAGACGCAUUGGAUUUACACACAUUCUUCGAGCUGUCCAUCACUGACGGUACAAAUUUCGCAGUUCUAUGUAACAGCACACUCAACAUUAACUUGCAGUUAAAUGGUCACAAUUGGACGUUGACUGCUGAUGAAUACCUCGGAGAUCCCUACGCAUCUGAUUCACCUUUCUACGGAUACUGUGUCUCAAAUAUCCAAGGUAUCCAGGGAAUGGAGUCCUGGAUCUUGGGGGCCGUGUUCUUGAAAACAGUCUAUGCAGACUUUAAUCUUGAGGAGCAGGAAGUUGGUUUUGCAACCCGUAAUGAUAACGUUAUUUUGACAUCUACAGAAACUUCUUCAUCUUCAAGCGUUACAUCACAGGCAUACUAUGGUAAUGUUACAGAGGUACAAUCGUCUCUAGUGACAUCUACAAGCACGGCAUCUCAAACGACAAGUAGCUCCACUUAUCGUGGUGAGGGUUUGGCUCUCACAGUUACAUUACCAACCAUCUUCGUAUCAGUUUUGGCAUUUUUACUAUAG